AUGGCACUCGUCUCAGUUCUCACACCGAUCUUAGUGGCUGUAUUGUGCGUGGUUAUCGCGUUAGUUUUCCGAAGCUUUCAGAACACAAAGACGACUUCGAAGCCGGAGUCCAAACCCAAGGGAGACGAGAGGCCGUGGGUCGACGAGGACCUGCAGGACGACACUGAAAUCAGUUCCAAAGACAACGAGGGUGAUGAUUGGCUGGACAGCGGUGGAGAGGAGGAACUCCCCCAUGUUCCGUACACCCCGACGCGGUACCAGCCAGAAGAGAUGCUAGAACGUUCUAAACAGUUCUACUCACUCCUGAACCAGAGGCGCUCCGUGCGAUUUAUUAGUCCAGAACCGGUUCCCCGGUCGGUCAUCGAUAAUGUCAUUCUUGCCGCAGGCACGGCCCCCAGUGGUGCGCACACGGAGCCGUGGACGUUUGUGGUGGUGUCCGAGCCCGAGACCAAACACAAGAUCCGCCUGAUCGUGGAGGAGGAGGAGGAGAUCAACUACAAGCAGAGGAUGGGCAACAAGUGGGUCAAGGAUCUGGAGAGGCUCCGGACGAACUGGGUAAAGGAGUAUCUGGAUGUCGCUCCGUAUCUCAUCCUGAUUUUUAAGCAAGCCUAUGGAAUCCUGCCCAAUGGGAAAAAGAAAACUCACUACUACAACGAGAUCAGCGUGUCAAUAUCCUGUGGUCUACUACUGGCUGCACUGCAUAAUGUGGGACUGGUUACCGUGACGACGACGCCUCUGAACUGCGGGCCACAGCUGAGGGCCCUCCUCCGUCGUCCUGCCAAUGAGAAGCUGCUGAUGCUACUUCCUGUCGGCUACGCUGCAGCUGACGCUACCGUGCCCGACCUCAAACGCAAACCCCUGGACGACGUCAUGGUCUACAUCUGAUGAAAUCAUGGUCUAUGUCUGAUGACAUCAUGGUCUACAUUACCGAUUUGGACAAAAGCGUAUCCAUAACCAUAAGCAUACAUCUGCUGACAUUAUGACUACAUAUGAUCCCAUCAGCAUUCUCUUGAGUUAACAUAGGGAAAUGCUGAACCAACAUCAUACUUUUUCUUGAUAAACUGUAAAAUGAAUCAGGAAGUAUAGUCUUUCUGUGCAACUUGAAAUGAUUAUCCUGAGGCCUUGAGUUGAAAGUAGAUUGAAUUAAACUCAUCCAGUCAUGACUUUGUCUGCAGAACCUGGAAGAGACUCUGCUGUUGUAGAUCUUGUUCUGAUUUUAGCUGUAAUGUGAAUGCAACUAAAUAGGUACUUAAAUCAGAAUGUAGGGUGCUGUUAUGAGACCCCUUAUACGUUGUGUGAAUCCUAUGUGAGGUAUCACAAGAAUAAAACAUUAUAGUUUUCCGGUGCUGUCA